AUGCAACGAUUCAGUGUACACUGUAGCUGGUCGAAGGUGGCUCAUCAGCUGAAAAAGGGUCGUCGCAGCACUCAGAGCAGUACAGCACGCAUCAUGGUGAGACAAGCGUGCGAUGGUUCAAUGCGUGUAUUUUGCACAUGGGUUCACGCCAUGUGCAUGGCAAAUGGUGCUUUUCUUCUGCAUUUCAGCUUGGCCCAAGGCCUGGGACGGAAGAUCCUAGUGCAAGCCAUGACACACAUCACCCGCCAACCACAGGAAGCUGAAAAUGCGACCUCCGAAAGCUCCGACGAGUCAGCUGGCAACAUAGCAAGCCCCCAGAAGGCUUCCAAGGCUACACAGCAGAGUGCAUCACCCGGGAAGGAGGAGGAUCGCAAGGCCAGGAGGACUGAUAGCCGCUCUUUCUCCCCCCUUCAGGUGCCUUUUAGAAGUGGCUCUCGAGCGAAUAUUCACAGGCAGCCGCUCACCAAGCGCCAUUUGACAGUAUGCUGGUAUGGGCGGGACUGCAGCCGCAAGGACUGUUGGUUCGGGCAUCCACAUGGCCGGAAGAUGGAUGAACGGCCCAAAGGCAAGGCCGGCGGCAAAGGAAAUGGGCUCCGCCGGGCUCGAACUCCGUCCCGCAUGCGAAGCCCUUCCCGCUGCCAAAGCCCAUCGAGGUCGCGGUCGCCAUUGAGCAGAGCCCCCAAGAAGGGUGUACUUGCCAGGGACUUUGAGGACUCUGAGGACAGCAGGAAGGAAGCCAAGAGGGCGAAGACAAGCCCAGUUGAGCAAGCCAUGGAGUGUCAACCCUUGAGCUUCCGGGAGUACAUCUUGCAACAUGGGGAUGGGCUCGAAGCACAUGAAGCGCUGGCAGCUUUUCAACGUUACCUUGAUGAGGUGACUCAAAAGGAACUUGCUUUCUUGAAAGGCACUGGCUUGUUGUUUGACAUGUAUAAUCCAGUGGCACAAUUGCGUGCAUAUGACUCCCGCCUUCGCUGCAGUCAGCUGAAUGCACAGCAAUUUCAGCAGGACAUGCAGCACGGCUGCUACAAGGGCUUGUCGCUGCGUGCCAGCGGCAAUCGGUAUGGAGCUGCUUGCUCCGUUGCUGGGCACAUGCAGGCCCCAGAGUUCGCAUUUGAUCCGGACGUGGGGUCGAUGCUGAUCAGCGGGCUGCCGCCUGCCGCGAGCGCUUGGGAUGUCUUCGAUGCCAUCCAGGACUGCAGUGGCUUCGUGACUGCCACUUGGGCACUGCCAUCGUCGAAGAAGGAGAUCAACCGGACCUUCAAGGCCCGCUUUUUGAAUGCCAAGCAGGCUACAUCAGCAUCCAUGUUUGUGAGCAAGCAGUCGGACACGCUUCUAUGUGCCAAAGGGCUGACGUCAGAAGCGCCAAGGGUGUCCGCCCUCACUCCGUCGCCAGAGCUCAGUGCAUUGGUGCUGCCUCCUGAGAUGGCAAGCAAAGAGAGGCUUGAGAAAGACCUGGUCCUUUCGGCCAAAGUGAUCCACCACUUGGAUGAUUUGCUUCAAAUUCCGGAAGGAGUGACCUCUUCUGUGCUGGACUCUAAAGGCUCCACCGAGCAGAAGUUGGACUUGCAGGUGAUCUACCUCCGCCGGGUGCACCACUUCUGCUUCUAUGCUGGGGAAUGGUUCCAAGAUGAGUGGAGCCUGCGCGACUCUUGCGGGGUCGUUGCGGUGCGAGAUCAUUCACAGGAUGCCACCCUGGAGACAUCAUGGUCCACUUCGCAUGCAAAGCGCAUCAGUGACUUCUUGGCCACCGCUUCCUUGGCUCGCCCUCAGCUGGUGAAGUCGAGUGAUGCUGAGGUCAGCGAGUGCUUUUCAGGUGCUUGCAAAGAGCAUAUCCUGCAAGUCGCGGAGGAGAAAUUCCGCUGCAAGCUGUGCAACAGAUGCUUCAGGGGUCCUGCUUACGUUCGCAAGCAUAUCUUUCGAGUUCAUCUUGAGAUGGCUGAGAGAGUCCGCUCAGAGUUCCACACAAAGGAGGCUGAGAAGGUAUUCCUGUCCGACCCAAAGCGGCCUCGCUGCUUUGUACAAGAGAAAUUCAAUUAA